AUGUCAGCAAGGGAGUCUGGAAGGGUGAAAGAAGCGGAGAAGAGAAGGGUCCUUGAUGAUGCAGCAAGAAAAAGACGCGCCAGAAAGGCUGUUGAAGCCUUGGAACAAGACAACUUCCAUGAUGACCCACAUGCAGAUCUUGUCAUGUCAAAAAAAGUCCCCAAGUUUGCAGAUUCUAAUGAAAAACCAACGAGGAAGAAGAAGGCGAAGAGUGCAGAGUAUUACAAGAUGAGAUUUAGGAAAACAUUUGCGCAACUUGUAGAGGAGGAUGCCAGUUUUAGACCUGAUCCUCCGAAUUAUUUGUCAGCUCAGGCACCACCAUCAAGAUUUCCCGAUCGACAUUUUUGUGCUGUUUGUGGAUUUCCCUCGAAUUAUACAUGCAUACCUUGUGGAGCGAGAUAUUGUAGCGUUAGAUGUCUAGGUACUCAUUUGGAUACACGGUGUUUAAAAUGGACUGCAUGAAUUUAAUUCAGUUUAAUAAUUUACUUACUUGAAAACUUCGAAUAAAGUCAAAUCCAGCAAAAUAA